AAAAAACCCCGCCGCACCGCAGAUGCAGGCGAAGAAGACGCCGUAGCUGGACGAUGCGACUAAUCCACCAAAUUACUCACUGUGGCAAGAGGAAGCCCGUUUAGCUUUUGGGAAGGCCUCACAAGGAAUUGCGUGUCACUUCUGCGUAUUGUCCGACGUUUUACAUCGCCGAAUCUGUUUUAGGUUCCCCCGGCCUGCUCUUCGGCCACUCACUAUGGUGGACUACUACCAGAUUCUCGGAGUACGGAGAGAUGCGUCUGCAGAUGACAUCAAGAAAUCGUACAGAAAACUGGCCCUACGGUGGCACCCCGAUAAGAACCCAGAAAACAAAGAAGAGGCCGAGAAGAAAUUCAAGGAGCUCUCAGAGGCUUAUGAGGUCCUGUCCGAUGUGAACAAGAGGAGCACGUAUGAUCUGUAUGGCAAAGACGGACUGACGGGGGGUGCCCGCGGGCGAGGGAGUCACUUCCACAACGGAGAUCAUUUCCAUGAAGGCUUCACAUUCCGCAACCCGGAAGAUGUGUUCAGGGAGUUCUUUGGAGGCAGGGACCCGUUCGCAGACCUUUUCGGUGCCGAUCCAUUUAGCGACGAUCCUUUUUUUGGCAACGCCCGACGUCACCAAAGCCGGGCGAGUCGAAGUCGGACAGGGGGCUCAUUUCUGGGGGGCUUUGUCGGUUUUCCUCCCUUUGGUGCUGGCUUCUCACCUUUCGAUCCAGGCUUUGGUUCGUUUGGCUCCAUGAGCAGCAUGGGUCACAUGGGUCACAUGGGUCACCUGGGUCACCUGACCACCAUGGGCAGUCUGGGAGGCGGGGGCUUCACCUCUUUCUCCAGCAGCUCCUUUGGGGGAGGCGGCGGCGGAGGCAUGGGUAACUUUCGAUCUGUGUCCACCUCCACCAAAAUCAUCAAUGGCAGGAAGAUCACCACGAAAAGGACCGUCGAGAACGGUCAAGAGCGGGUCGAAGUGGAGGAGGACGGCCAGCUGAGGUCACUGACCAUCAACGGCAAAGAGCAGCUGCUGCGACUGGAACACAAGUAAUGAACCAAAAGUUACCUCAACACAAAGCUACCAACAAACUUGAGCUCGAAACGCGACGUCGGCGGCAACAAAAAGCAACAAAGAAUUGUAAUCAUAAUGUGACAGGUUUCUUUUUGGUUUUGGUUUUUGUUUGGAUGUACGUACUCGAGUUGCGUUUCUUUCCGUUGACGGCCUCUUCCGCCAGACUUUGUUCUCUGACGCUUAACAUCAGUGGAUUGGGGCGGCGACGGCGUGCUUUGUCGCAGCGCUUCCCUCGUGAAACCGACCUUGAAUUUUGGCUUAAGGUUGCUACGGACGCUUCAGGGUGUGGGACCGCAACAUUACUCAGAGCCCUCUCUUCCAGUAGUUUAUCUGGUGGCUCCUUGGGAGGUGUCACACGGCAUUCCCAAAAAAAAAAAAAAAAAAAAAAGUCUGCUUUCCUUAUAAAUAUGAGAAAAGGCUCAAAUGGAAGAAUAUAAUGUGGGUAGACAGCAUCAAUGCAUCAUCCCCUCUCUGUUUAUUGCUGGUCUAACUUGUUCUUAAUUUUUUUUUUUUUAUGAUUCCAACGCUGGUAUAUUGUCAUUUGUAUGUUUUGUUUAUUUAAUGAUGCACGUAUACCUGUUGAAUGUUGAGUCUUAAUGUUAAAGCUGCAUUGUGAUGCACAAAUAACUUGAGUCAUUCUAUAAAUUAUGAUGUAUAUGAAUUCACAAGUUCAGUGUACUUUGUAAACCAAUAAAUUUCCGUUUCAUUCCA